AUGGCCAUCUUUGGGAAGAAGCGGUCUGCUGAGAAGGAGCGCGCGCAGCAGCAGUCGGCGAGUUCCGGCGCGACGGCGCCGCACCUCGCAGCGAAUGCCAUUCCUGCUAAUGCGCCGCUGAGCGCGCGCCUGCCCGGCCGGCCCGGGUUUGUGUCGCGUAUUGUGUCGCAUACGCGCUCGGAUAGCGAGCCGCACGAUGCGCCGCCGCUCGCGCCGGGCGCGGCUUCGCUGCCCAAGACCAGCGAGGGUUUCCCUGCGACGCAGCUUGGCGCGUCGCCGAUUCCGAUGCUAAGCCAGUCCCUCCCGGGCGCGCAGGUGCCGAUGCGCCCCUCGCGCGACGAGGUGCGUCCGAUGAUGACCGGCGCCGAGCCGCCGCGCGACGUCGACGCGCCCAAUGCCGUGUUUACUCACCCCGCGGAAGGCGGCGCGAGCGCGUCGCCGGGGCCUGGCGCGCCCGAUGCCGCGCAGAAUGGAGGCAUGACGGCCCCGGCGCCGGUGCCGAUGCAGGCCGCUGCCCCGCCGACACCGGAGCGCGUGCGCCAGCAAAACGUCGUGUACCCGUGGGGCAAGAAGCAGAUCACCAUGAACCCGCCGCGGUUCUUGGACGAGAACCGCCGCGCGCCGCCGGGCGUGCUGAGCCCGCCGCCAUUCCCGCGCUACGGCCACGCGACGAACCUCGCGACAAGCAGCAACAACGAAGUGUACAUCUUUGGUGGUCUCGUGCGCGACAGCGUCAAAAACGACAUGUACAUCCUCAAGGUGGAGCCGGUGCAGAUCCAGCGCUCGAGCGGCGUCAAGAUAGACGUGAGCCUCAACGCGACGCUCGUGCAGACCUCGGGCCAGGCGCCGCUACCGCGCGUCGGCCACGCCGCGGUGCUCGUCUCCAACGUGUUUAUUCUCUGGGGCGGCGACACCAAGAUCCGCGCCGAGGACAAGCAGGACGAGGCGCUCUACCUCUUGAAUCUCAACAACCGCGAGUGGACGCGCGUCCUGGCGGGCGCCGAGCAGGGGCCGGGGCCCGUCGGCCGCUACGGCCACACGCUCUCGAUCCUCGGCUCAAACCUGCUAGUGUUCGGUGGCCAGGUCGAGUCGACGUUCUUUGACGAGCUCUGGCGCUUUGAUCUGAACUCGCUCAAGGAGACGCCGACGUGGCAGCUCGUGCGCCCGGCGUCGCCGGGGCCCGCACGCCGUACCGGCCACUCGGCAGUGGUCUUCCGCGAGCGCCUCUACAUCUUUGGCGGUACAGACGGAAAUUACCACUACAACGAUACGUGGUGCUUCGACUUUGCGACACUCACCUGGAGCGAGCUCAAGUGCGUCGGCUACAUUCCCGCGCCGCGCGAGGGACACUCGGCGUGCAUGGUCGACGAUAUCAUGUACAUCUUUGGCGGCCGCGGCGUCGACGGCAACGACCUCGGCGACCUCGCCUCGUUCAAGAUCACGAGCCACCGCUGGUUCAUGUUUGCGCACAUGGGGCCGGCGCCGUUUGGGCGCUCGGGACACACGAUGGUCACGGCGCAGAAUCGCAUCCUGGUGAUUGGCGGCGAGUCUUUCACAGGGUCGGCACAGGACGACCCGACGAGCCUGCACGUCUUGGACACGACCAAGAUCAAGUACCCGGCCAAGACAGAACGCUCGGGCGGCAGCAUCUCCAAGUCGAGCGCACAGGACGCACCGGCUCCGGCUCCGGUACCUGCGCCUGCGCCUGCGCCUGCGUCGGCGCCUGCGCCUGCCGAGGAGGAGCGUGCGCUCGACACGAGCUCGACGUACGCCGCCGCCGCGCCGCCCGCGCCGUCGCCGUACACGGCCGCGCAGCCCGCACCGACACCCAUCGUCCCGCCCACCGUUCCGACCACGGUGCCGAGCGCGGGCCAGGCCGCGUCGCCGGCCGCACCGCCGGCCGCCGCGCCGGAAUUCCUCCAAAGUGCGCCGGAAAUGUCGCGUCAGCCGCCGAGCGACGAGUCGGUGGCGCUCGCCGCGCCGCCGCUGCAGUCGGCCAUCUACCUGAACCGUGCACAAGACGAGGCGCCGAUACUUGGUGCGCCUGCGGCGCUCCCCCCCACGAUGCCGCCGAGCGUGCCGCCGCCACAGCCCCCCCCGACGUCCGGCCUGAGCUCUGCGCCGAGCAUGCCGACGCUCCCGUCAGAAGUCGGCGAGCGUGGCGCUGUGCUCGAUGCGAGCGAUGCUGCGCCGAGCCGCGAGGUGUGGCUUUCGUCGAUGCUGGCGCUCGCCGUGAAGCAGGGCUUUGUGCUCCCCCACAGUGCCGACGCGCUCGCUGUCGAGCAGCUCGACACGGGUGCCGAGGGCUCGGAGCGCGAGGCGAUGGUCAAGUCGCUGCUCACGCUCAAGAGCCAGGUCUCGUCGCUGCGUGCCGACCUCGGCGAGCAGAUCAAAGGCGAAGAGGCGCGUGUCGCGACGCAAGAACGUGCGCGCGUCGCGGCGCUCCAAGAGGCUGCGUACUACCGUGCAAAGCUCGUCGCGAACGAGUCGACGAAUGUCGACGAGCGCGUGCAUAUUGAGCGGCAGCGUGUGCAGCAGCUUGAAAAGCUGCUGACGACCGCCACCAAAGAGAACUCAGAGCUCGAGCGCAAGGUCGGCAUUCUCGCCGACCAGGCGAAGCUCGAGGCGCGUCUCCGCGCCCUCGUCGAGGACCGCCUGGGCGAGACGACGAAGCGUGCGGUGGCUGCCGAAGAAGCGCACAUCAAGGUCUACGACGAGUACAGUGCGCUGCAGAAGCACUCGUACGUCACCGAGUCGCUGCUGCGCGACCACACUGCGCAGAUCUCCUCGCUCUCGUCCUCCCUGGCGCAGUUCCAGGCGGAGCGCGACACGCUCGAGCAGAGUGUCUCGUCCAAGAGCCGCUCGGCAGACACCUCCAAGGCGACUCUUGCGCAGUUCCAAGAGGCGCUGCAGGCCGCCCACGCGCGCAAUGCCGAGUACGAGCGGCAGCGUGCCGAGCACCUGCGCCAGGUCGAGGCGCAGGGCCAGACGGUGAUGCAGCUGCGCACCGAUCUGCAGGCGCGCGUUGCGGAGCUUGCCAUGAAGAACAACCAGCUCGAGCAGCAGGCGACGGUCGUCGCCGAGCUCGAGUCGAUCGUGAGCAACCUGCAGCGCGAGGCGCAGACGCACCGCGACGCGGCGACCGGCGGCCUUGCGCAGCUGAUUGCGCUGCAGCAGGCGCAAGGCACGCAGCGCGACACGUCGGUCGACACGCGCGACGUUUCGCAGCAGCACCUCGAGCAUGUGCAGGCCUUGCAGGACGAGGCGCAGGCGAUGCGGCAGCUGCACGAAGAGUCGCGUGCGGCGGUCAACGCCAUGGCCACCUCCCUCCAGCAGGCGACGGAGCGCAGCAACCAGCUCCAGCGCACCAACAACAAGCUCUUUGGCGAAGUUACUGCGCAGCGCAAGCAGCUCGCACAGGCACUCCACGAGCUCGCGCAGGUCAAGGACCAGACGCAAACCGCGCGCACCAGCGGCGAAAUGCACGCACGCGAGCUGGAGGAGGCGCAGGUGAAGAACCUCGCGCUGCGGCGCCUCCUCGCCGAGAACCACGUCGAGAUCCCUGACGACGAGACGCUGCGGCGCCCCGAGUUCUUGCACGAUCGCCAGACCGCGCAGCUCCAGCGCGAGCUGCAGCAGCAGCAGGACGCUGCGGAGCAGGCCGCCGCCGAGCUGCAGCAGGCGCACGACCAGCUCGAGCGCCUCAGCCUGCAGCUCGAGCAGACGCGCAGCGAGGCGCGGAAACACGAUGCGUCGAGCGCGCGGGCGGAGCUCGAGGCGCUGCGGCACCGUGCCGAGGACGCCGAGAUGCGCCUCGAGGAGGCGAACGCGUCGCACCAGGAGCGCACCGCACAGCUCGAGAACGACUACCUCACCGCGGUGCAGUUUGUCCGGAACACCGAAAACAUGCUCCGCCGCCUCAAGGACGAGCACUUGAAGCUGCGUCAGGAUAAUGCUGAGCUUCGUGCAGGUCUCGGCGGGCGCGCACCGUCGGCGGCAGGCCAGGUCGAUGACGCGCGGGGCGCGUACAGUCGGGCGCAACUCUCAUAG